CACACACACAUACUAUACGUUGUUUCCUUCGUGACACAGACUGUAUUUAAGGGGUCUUCUGAAUAAGUUUCAUCGCACACAGGAAGAUGCCAGAGUGACAACACCGACUGACUCUACGCAGUUCGAGACUCAAGAAACAACAGAAUUGACUUGUGUUAUUAGUGACUGUUAUGUACAGUAUUGACUACAUUUCACUUCAUAUUUUAAUGUAAGUGCAUAUAAGUUGUCCAGGUCAGGAUCUGCACGGCUGUGUAUCACCAGGAUGAACACCAGCGGCUCGGUGGAAUAUUUCAUCCUGGAUGGGCUCAAGGAUAAAAUCGUGCUUCCCAUCUUCUUCACCGUCUACGUUUCUGUUCUGAGUGGAAACAGCAUGAUCAUAUACCUUGUUAGAACUGACCCAAAACUCGACACUCCUAUGUAUUUUUUCCUUCACAACUUGUCCUUUUCUGAUAUUGUGUACACGUCAGUAACCAUUCCUAAAAUGCUGUCAGUUUUCCUUACAGGGGACAAGACCAUUUCCAAAACCGGAUGUUUUAUGCAGAUACAAUUUGUUCUCUGGAUGGGACUGACAGGCCGCGGUUUGCUGACCGCGAUGGCGUUUGACCGCUACGUAGCAAUCUGUAACCCUCUACGGUACACGACUAUCAUGACCAGAAAGCUGUGUGUUCUGUUGAUAUUUGCUUCAUGGACUUAUGGGGCACUUAUAGUUCUGCCCCCAGUUAUUUGGGCAACUCAGCUGCCGUACUGCGGACCUAAUGUUGUUAAGCACAUGUUCUGCGAUCACUCUUCAGUUCUGACCCUCGCCUGUGUCGACACCACCAGAAAUAGCUUUUUCGCUCUUGCACUUGCCCUAAUUGGACUUCUCCUCACAUUCCUUCUCAUCUUAAUUUCAUAUGUGUAUAUUGGGAAAGCUAUGAGAAGGAUGAGCAUGGCACAGAAGCUUAAAGCCGGGGCGACUUGUGUGUCACACUUGAUAGUGGUGUUUAUCUCAUACUGUUCUGCCUUCUUUGUGUACAUCUCAUACAGAGUGUCUAAAUUUGACCCUGAAGUCCGCAUAAUGAUUGCUUUGCUGUAUUCCGUCCUGACACCCCUGCUGAACCCCAUCAUUUACAGCUUGAGGAAUAAAGAGCUGCAAGAUGCAAUGAAGAGAGCAUUUUGUAAAUGUGCCGUUCGUUCAGAAGUCGCUAGGAAAACAGUUCCUUCUGUCGCUUAGAAUGAACAUCAAUCUGGAAAUUGCAAUGAAAUUUUGUCAGCUGAAAACUUAUUGAACAAGGACAAUUGGAUAGUUGCAGUGUAUGAAAGAAACUUCGAAACCUUUCAGAUGAGCACUGUUGCAAACACACCAUCAUUGCUAUGUGACAAACGUGCAUCACGUUCAUUUGAUCUAUGUUAAAAUGAUGUAAUCCAAAUGGUUUGGACUAUUAUAUACAAUUAACAUGCAUCUAAUUGAAAAAUAGGACAUGUGUAAUACAUUAUUCUUUCACUACAAAAAUAUAAUGUCAGAACUGUAUGCUUAAUUUGGAAAUAUGCGUCAGUUAUUACACAGAUGCAGCUGUUUUGUAAUAUGCACAUGACAAGCAUCUAAAAACGAUACUGUUAAACAUAUUGUGCUUUCACUGGGAACAUGAGAAAUAUUCAGCUGAGGAAUAAUAAUGAAGCAUGUCUAGCACUGUCUUCCACAAUCUGACGAACACAAAUGAGAAAGAUUAAACCAGGCCAUAGGAAAACCAAUGGCCCAACAUACUGUGGUACUAAUAAGGAAUACUUCAUAAUUUUUACAUGUGUUUCACCCAUGUUUUGAAUUAUGUAUUACACAUAAUUUUUUGUCAUGUCUUAAAGCUGAAGGAAAUGUUUUGCGUUUAAUAAAAAAUGCACUGGUUA